AUGACCUCAAUGCCAACACACAUUAAUCAGACAAACAUGAGUAUUCUGUCAUUGGCGGCUACACGAAAUAUGCCCUCCUCGCUUGAUUUCUUACGAAAGCCGCAACGUAUAGGUACUAAAACUAAAAAGGGGCAGUUAGAUGCUCUACUCAAGAGGAAUACUGAUUGGAACCGGACACAAGUUCGUGCUGCUAAUGAAGAAGAUGAGAGGAGCUCCGAGAACCGUGGACUGGUAUCCCUUCAAAGGAGUAAAUCGCUACCUGCCUCUCCUCCAACUAGUGCUUUUCGCAGAUCUCGCCCGGGUGUCCGUAGAAGCAAAUCAGUACAUUUUGGAGAUAGUGACGUUGUAUCUGUAAAGUACUUUGACGCCGAUGAGAGUAUCGCUGUUCCGUCAGGCUCCCAGCCACAGUUUUCGAGCUUUAACUUUACUGUUUCACCGGCUUCAAGUGCUACAGACCUUCAUCUGCCUAUAUCGGUAAAUUUCACCCACGUUGCGCUUACUAGCCUCCACUUGUUCCCACAGCAGGUAAUUACAGGGAAAGUUACCGUCACAAACCUUCAUUUCCAGAAAUCUGUUUUAGUUCGGUACUCUACAGACCGUUGGAAACACCUAUACGAGACACAUGCUGUUUGGAUUUCAAGUCCCGAUCCUUUACAUGACAUAUUCGAAUUUGCAAUCGAUCUUCCGUCCUCACAGGAUCCAUUGAUAUUGCACCUGUGUAUUAGGUACCAGGUUCGUGAUGAGCAUCUACAGUCGUUACAGACUCAUUGGGAUAAUAAUGAUGGGGAGAAUUACAUAAUCAAGUGCGGGUAA